GGAAUAUCCGAUUCCAACAUGGUAUUUUCUAAUAGUUGUUCCGUGAUGAUGGACUUAAUCGGACUUGUAUGAGCACGAACCCUCCAUAUGCUGAAGUUAAAUUAGCUCGUCUUCUCAUUUACCUGACUAUAUACACUAUCGCGACGGAAAAAAAGCUAAGCUUUCAUCAUGUCCGUUCCAACUUCUCUCCCCGGUCUGAACGUCCGUGAGUCUAUUACCGAUGCGCUUUACCGUGCCAUCCUCGGCUUCGAUUUGGAGGACAGCGCCCUCUUUGACUCGGCGUUCAUCCCAGAGGCUACAUUCGAUCUUAACGGCAGACUCAUGACAGGCCUUAAGGCCAUCCACACCGACUGUUAUGACAAUGUUUCGAAGAUGGACACUACUCACUUCAUGAGCAACAUACGUGUGAACUACAAGGAUGGAGAGUCCACCGCAUCUAUGACCGCCUCUUCCUUAGCUCAGCAUUACCGCAGGGGAGAGGGCACAAAGCCGGAUGCAACCCGUCUCCUUGGUGGCGGUCUGUACUUCCUUGACCUCGUUAAGGAUACCAAGGAUAACUUGUGGAAGAUUACGCACUGGAGAGCGAAGAUAGUCUGGACGGAGGGUGACUAUGGCGUUAUCAGGGGUGAAUAAGGGUAGUUCUUGAUAUGGGAGUGGGCGUCACGACGGUUCUUGAUGGACCCCGGAGUUUCAGUGUGCUUUCAUACCCCGUCGAUAUCAAGAAAAGGGGCAUAGUAGAAGAUUGCGCUGUUGAGUUAGUGUACGAUGGAAGCCCAUAACUCGAAUAUUGGUACCAAAAUUGUGUUUAUUUAUAUUGUUAGCUAGUUACCUUGACAGAGAUCAUUGGUUCAGUAACCUCACUAGCCCACCCGAUGGUCGUCUAAAUAGUCCGCGACCUCCCCCUGUUCUCGUCAAUGGUCGUUUGCUCAUUUAGUUUCUCUAACUCUUUAUUCAACUCCACUUCCUCUUGGAUUAAGUCCGCUAGCCUUUUUCGUAUGUCUUCGAUUUGUCUUCUUAGAUCACCCCUAAUCGCUCCGGGUUCUGCCUCAUUGAAUAGGCAUGUUAGUAUAUCUUCUUGAUCCGUUAAGCCUCUUUUGUUCUUCCUAAUUCCGUCUAGGCGUACACGAAUCUCGCCAACACGAGGUUCCGGUUCUUUGGUGGGUUGAAUAUCAU